AUAUAUAAAAGCACACAUUCAAGUUUCAGAUGUUUGCUUUCUAUCUUCAUCUUCACAUGGGUCUUCUAUAACAGACAUCAAUGGAGAAACUGGUUCUACCAUAUGAUAUAAAAUGCAUGAAGAUGGUCAUCUUACAACAUGAAGAAACAUUUAAACAACAGGUGUAUGAACUUCAUAGGCUAUAUCAAAUCCAAAGGAUGAUGAUGAAGAACAUGCAAAGAAGCAUGCAAAAUGAUCAAGAAACUUGGAGCUUAAAAAACGGCACCGUAUGCUUGGAGUACCAAAACAACAACUACACUUUUAACAAGCCACAAAAACAAGAUCUAGUGGAUGAAAAUGGUAGCCCGGAGAUCAUUGACGAGAGUGAAAUCGAGCUCACAUUGGGCCCCACUCGUAGGAAGAACAAACCAACAUUGGCCAAAGAGCGAAAUUCGGAUUCAAUGGCGAGUUUUUCAUCUUCUUCUACCGAUUCAAGUCAUAAAAGCCGUGUUACUGUCGAGAAUUCAAGAGUUUUGAGAGUAGAAGAACCGAUAAGAUCAAUGAACGAGCCACCAUGGCUACGUAGAGUCCGAAUCUGAUCAAGAUUCAAAAACGCGACUCAUUAAAUCAAUAGAUCAAAAAAUACACUUUUAACGUAUUAAAGCCUACAAACACACGUAAGGCCGGUCUAGCCCUAUCUAAUCAAAAGAGGCUCGCCAACAUGGUUUUCAUGACCGGACUAAGACAUAUGUGUGUGAGUAUUUGUCGUUUAAAUGACCGAAACUUAGAUCCUAGUUAUUAUUGUUUGUUUGUGUAUGCUUCUCCUAGUUGUUAGUGUUUUAUUGUUUACGUUAUUGUUAUUGUUGUCGUUAUCGUUAUUUGUUAGUUAUUAUUGUGUAUUAUAUUAUAAGAAUCUAUAAUUGGAAUCGUAUGAGUAUUUUUAACUA